AUGGCAACCGGUCAAGACUUAAUUAACAGCGUUGAAUCUCAACAAAUCAAGCUCGAAUAUAAACUCUCCGAAGUCUACUUUAUUUUUAAAGAGUUUAUAGAAUGCAGUAACGAUGGAAAGGUGAAAUGGCUGAGCAAUUUGACUGAUUUAAAAGCGUUUAUGUCCGCGCUAUUCGGCGAUGUCGGCAAGUGUGCUAAAUCAUAUCGGAAUGAUUUAAUAUCUGUUAACUGGUAUACACACAAGAAAGCACUAAUCUUCCAUGAUCAACUAGGAAUUGUACUAAAGAACAAACUAACUAAUCUGAGUGUAAAUAAAAUAUCAGAUCCUGAUGAAUACAAUCAAUUAAACGAUCCAGAAUGUGACAAAGAUUGCAUGGCUUGCAGUCGUUUCUCGUUAGAUAUGAUGGAAAUAAAUUAA